AUGGCUCCUUCCUUGUUUGUUGAUACAACCUUCGGGUAUCUCAUGCGCAACAUUACAGGUGGAAGACUGUUUCCAUACGAGGACACUUACAAUGAAGAGCUCCGCGAGGAAUACUUUAACCAAGGAGAUAUCAAGGAAGAAGAAUCUUCCGACGACGAGGAGAAGAAUGGCGCCAAGGGAAAAUACAAGCUGAUCGAAUUCAGAGAGAAUGACCCCGAUAAUCCGCAAAACUGGUCCACUUUCAAGAAGUGCUUUGUGACCUUCAACAUCUGUUUCUUGACUUCUUCCGUCUACAUUGGUUCUGCCAUUUACACUUCUGGUCUGCCUUUCUUGACCCAAGCCUUCGGUGUGUCGACAGAAGUCAUUACCAUCGGCCUGACUCUCUACGUUCUGGGUUACGGUCUUGGUCCUAUGAUCUGGUCACCUCUCUCUGAAAUCCCUCAGAUCGGCAGGCUUCCAAUCUAUAUCGGCACGCUGAUCGUGUUUGUUUUCUUCAACUUUGGCGUUGUUUAUGCAAAGAACAUUGGCAUGCUUCUGGCUUUUCGUUUCCUCACUGGUUUCUUCGGUUCUCCUGUACUCGCUACUGGAGGUGCCUCGUUGGCGGAUAUCUUCUCUCCUGCGAAGCGUGCGUACGCACUCUCCGUUUUCGGUAUUGCCAACAUUAUGGGACCUUCGCUUGGACCAGUCGCUGGUAACUGGGCUGCUCAGUACGAGGGCUGGACUUGGCCUAUCUGGAUGCUCAUCUGGAUGUCAGGCGCUUGCCUCGUCUUUCUAAUCUUCUUCUUCCCCGAGACCUCUGCGGCCAACAUUCUAUACCGCCGCACCGCUCGUCUUCGCAAGUGGCAAGAGAAGAACGGAUACUUGGACGACAAGCCAUACGACAAGAUCAAGUGCGAGCCUGAAAUUCAAGGCGAGAACAUGGGCCUUGGAGACAUCGCAAUGAUGACUUUGGUCAAGCCAUUUUCCCUCACUUUGACAGAGCCCAUCGUCUUCUCCAUGAAUAUGUACAUCGCCCUCAUCUACGCUGUUCUCUACUGUUGGCUGGAGUCGAUUCCCCUUCUGUUCGAAGAUCGUUAUCACUUCAGCCUCGGAACCACUGGCUUGUGCUACCUCGGCAUUUGUGUUGGCGGCAUUAUUCUUAUUCCUCCUUACUGGUACUACAAUUACUACUAUGUUGAGCCUCGUUUCUCCAAGGAUGGCACCAUUCGUCCCGAGAUUAGAAUGGAGCCUGCAGUGGCAACUUGCAUCUUUUUGCCCAUCUGCUUGUUCAUGUUCGGCUGGACGGCCAAUCCCUCGAUUCAUUGGAUUGUUCCCAUCAUUGCUACCUCUUUCUUCACCAUCGGAGCCUUUGGCGCAUUCUCAGGUGUGCUCAAUUACCUUGGCGAUGCCUACCCUGCAGAAUUUGCCUCCAUCUCUGCUGGUAACGACUUCUUCCGAUCCUGCUUCGGUGCCGCUUUCCCUCUCUUCGCUCGUCAAAUGUUCAACACGCUCGGUCUCAAUUGGGGUAACUCGCUUCUCGGUUUCCUGACCAUUGUGUUCAUCCCUGUAGUCGUGUUCCUGUGGUUGAAGGGAGACAAACUGCGAGCUCGUAGCAAGAGAGCUUCGCAAGAGUACCUGAACAAGAAGUAUCAAAAGAACGACGAAGAGAAGAGCGAUGACGAGAAGACCCAGGUUGGCAGCGACGAAGACAAGGAGCAGGAGAGAGAGGAAGAUAAGGAGAAGGAGAGAGAGGAACAGUCGUAA